AUGCUGUCAAGUGAAGUUUUCAGCGGUGUUAUGGCUGCUACGCUCAUUGCAGUCGCUGCUUACGCAAUUAUCGUGAGUCGACGGAUGGAAAUUCAGUCCGUCCAAAACUUUGUCAGUGCCAAGAACUCGACUACGACGCUACGUCUCGCGUGGUGUUUAUUCUCGGCUGGAAUUGGCGCAGGAACGCUCUUUUCGUACCCGCAGAUUGGUGUGGAUGCAGGAUCAUGGGGUGUCAUUGGCUACGCGCUCUCCGGUGUCGUCGGUAUGAUAGUUCUGGCUCUUGCUGGUCCGUACAUGCGCUCGGCACUGGGCGAGAACGUCACGAUGACGGACGUCGUGUCGCAGCGAUUCGGCUACAUCAUGCAAGUGUAUGUUGGCUUCAUCUCGAUGUUCUACCAGUUCAUCUGUCUGGCGUCCGAGUACACAUCGAUCGCCCAGCUCACGACCAUGCUGUCGCCCGGUGCUCACCCGAUUGUGCCGAUCCUCGUCGUCGCUAUUCUCACGAACCUUUAUCUCGUCAUUGGUGGUCUGCGCGCCAGCUUGGCGACGGAUGUGUGGCAGGGGAUCGGAGUUGUUGCCUUGGUCACACUCGUGUGCGUCGCAAUGUUUUUCCACGUGUCUAUUCCGGACGGCGCCUGGUCGAGUACGAACGUGGCUGCUUUCACGACCACAGGCUUUGAAACGCUCGUGACGCUCGUGAUUGCGGUGACGGCAGCAAGCUUGUUCUUCACGGGUUUCUGGCAGCGCGUGUUUGCUGCCUACGACAACAGCACUUUACGCAAAGGGGCAAUGAUUGCCAGUGUGAUCAUCGCAUUGUUCACUGUAGCACUUGCAAUCGCCGGCAUGGUGUCGUUUCUCGCGUAUCCAGAUGGUGCCUUGUUUUUUGCGAUCUUGAUCGACAUGGGUCGCGGCUGGCAAGUGCUUAUUGUUGUGGUGAUUGCCAUGUUAUCAAGUGGCGUGUCCGACUCGAUUCAGAUAGGACUGGCCGCUGAGCUCACGACUUGUUUCCCCAAGAUGUCGUUGGUGCACGCGCGCACUGUUUGUGUGCUUCUCAACGCUCCGGCUAUUGUAGUUGGCUACCAGCAAUACGACAUCCUGACACUCUACCUCAUUGCCGAUCUGCUUUGCACGGCUGCCGUUGGUCCCAUGUUACUGUGCACGUGGAAGCGUGCGACUCGCAUAGGUGCACUGGUUGGCAGUGCUUCUGGGUUGGUUACGAUCUUCAUCUGUGGCGUCAUUAUGCAAGGCAAGUUUGUGGGUGGCUUCAACUGGUUCAUCCUGCCAGAAGGUCUGUACUCACAGAACAGUAUGAUCACCUUCAUCGUGACGUUGAUUGUACCACCCGUCGUUACUGUGGCCGUGUCCUUGAUGACAAAACCGGAUGCGAACGAAGUGAACAGGGACAACAGCUACCUGCUCCAGCACUCUUUUGUCCGAGAAAGCACCAAAGCCUAG